AUGGGCUCACGGCAGGGACCACCGAAGCACCAGAACAAAUUCGCCUGGGUACCCAAAGCCGGCGUGAAGAUCAACGAAACCGAAGUCGGCGGGCGAUUCAGACCACUCUCUGAGAUUACCGGAGUUUGCCAUCGCUGUCGCGAGCAGAUCGCUUGGAAACGCCGCUACGGCAAAUACAAAACACUUACCGAAGCCACCAAAUGCCAGAAGUGUACGAAGCGUAAUGUUCGUCAAGCAUAUCAUAAGUUAUGCACUGGGUGUGCCAAGGAGCAAAAAGUAUGUGCAAAGUGUUGUUCUCGUGCUGAUCAAAUCAUCGGAAGAGAUAUUUACGAGGUAGAGGCUGAACAGAAGUUGCUUGAUGAGACUAUCAAGAAUGCUAGGGAAAGGGACCGAAGGACGCUUUUACGCGCUAUGAACAAAGAUAGCCAACCGAAAAAUUCAGAUGAAGCUGCAACAAGGAGCGAUAGCAGUAAGGUUGGUGAUGUGUUUCCCUCAACAUCCCUUGAAGAAUAUGCAAACAAGUCAGGAAGAGUUAGCGGGAUUGUUGGUCAUGGUAGUGUGCCUGAUCAUGGCCAUGGCCAUGUUGAUGACAAUGACGACGAUGAUGCUAGUGAACCUGAAUCAGAUGAGGAUCACGGCGGUGAUGAUGAGCAUGAUUUGCGCCAAGACAGUGAUGCACAUGAUCCAUCUCAACAGGAGAAGUAG